ACCAAAAUUUUCCAUUACCAUAAGCAUAAGCAUAUGCAUAUGCAUAAGCCUCCUCUCUAAGGCCCCUCUCUCUCUCUUUCUCUCUCUCUCCUUCUCCAUAUAUAUAAGAGAAAACGCAGCACCAAAUCUCAUCUUCGUCAUCCAAAAACCCCAAUUCUCUCAUCUCUCCUUCGAUCUCUUUCUUUUCGUCUCCUCUACAAUCCAAUCCACUCCUCCCUUGUUUUUCUUCCCUCCAAUUCGAUCUCAUAAAUUCUUGUAAACCCACAAGUACGCGAUCCAUGUGUUUUUAAUGAAUCCAUUUUUGUUCAAAUUGAAUCACGGUGUCUUUACUCUCUGAUUCGAUUUAUUUUCUUUGAAUCGAUCGCUUUUUGGAUCCGUGUUUAGCUAUAAAUGAGGGUGUAGAACUGGAAGAUUAGAUGAUGGAUGAAUCUGUAUUAGUGUAAUUUUAUUUGUUUCUAAAGACAAAUUAUAAAUUAGCAAUAAGAUGCCAGGAAUAGCGCAGAGAAAUGAGCAAUUCAGUAAUGCAUCAUCGGGCGUUUACUCGCUUUCAGCCAAUGGAUUCUGGUCAAAGCAUCGCGACGAUGUUAGCUAUAAUCAGCUCCAGAAGUUCUGGAGUGAGCUGUCACCACAAGCUAGACAGAAGCUUCUGCGGAUUGACAAGCAAACCCUGUUUGAGCAAGCUCGUAAGAACAUGUACUGUUCCAGAUGCAACGGUCUAUUACUUGAAGGUUUCUUGCAGAUUGUUAUGUAUGGCAAGUCCUUGCAGCAGGAGGGGGUAGGUGGCCACCUUUCUUGCAACAGAACAGGAGCCUCAAAAAAUCAAAGUGAUGGAGAAUCAAAUAUGAUGAAUGGGUGCCAAGAUGAAAUUCAAGAUCCAUCUGUCCAUCCCUGGGGGGGUCUGACUGCAAUACGUGAUGGCUCUUUGACACUUUUGAAUUGCUAUUUAUAUUCAAAGUCCCUUAAGGAUCUCCAAAAUGUCUUUGACAGCGCACGGGCAAGGGAACGGGAAAGGGAGUUGCUCUAUCCUGAUGCCUGUGGUGGAGGAGGUCGGGGUUGGAUAAGCCAAGGAAUGGCAAGCUAUGGUAGAGGACAUGGAACAAGAGAAACAUGUGCACUGCAUACUGCAAGGCUUUCUUGUGACACAUUAGUUGAUUUCUGGUCAGCACUUGGAGAAGAGACUCGACAAUCUCUUUUAAGGAUGAAGGAAGAGGAUUUUAUUGAGAGGCUCAUGUACAGGUUUGACAGCAAAAGAUUUUGCAGAGAUUGUAGAAGGAAUGUUAUUCGGGAGUUCAAGGAGCUGAAGGAGCUCAAGCGCAUGCGGCGGGAACCUCGUUGCACCAGUUGGUUUUGUGUUGCAGAUACAGCUUUCCAAUAUGAGGUGUCUGAUGACACAAUUCAGGCUGACUGGCGCCAAACCUUUGCUGAUACUGUUGGAUCAUAUCAUCACUUUGAAUGGGCAGUUGGAACAGGAGAAGGAAAAUCUGACAUUCUUGAGUUUGAAAAUGUAGGCAUGAACGGAAGUGUUCAAGUUCAUGGCCUAGAUCUUGGUGGUUUAACAGCAUGUUUUAUCACCCUGAGGGCUUGGAAAUUAGAUGGCCGCUGUACUGAGCUUUCUGUAAAGGCUCAUGCAUUAAGGGGUCAACAAUGUGUGCAUGGCAGGCUUGUUGUAGGUGAUGGAUUUGUUACAAUUACCAGAGGGGAAAGCAUCAGAAGAUUUUUUGAACAUGCUGAAGAGGCAGAGGAAGACGAGGAUGAUGAUUCCAUGGACAAGGAUGGAAGUGAGCUGGAUGGAGAAUGCUCCCGUCCCCAAAAGCAUGCGAAGAGUCCUGAACUUGCUCGAGAAUUUCUUCUAGAUGCUGCAACUGUUAUUUUCAAGGAACAGGUUGAAAAGGCUUUCAGAGAAGGAACUGCACGCCAAAAUGCACACAGUAUCUUUGUUUGCCUUGCAUUAAAACUUUUGGAAGAGCGUGUUCAUGUUGCAUGCAAAGAAAUUAUCACAUUGGAAAAACAGAUGAAACUUCUUGAAGAAGAGGAAAAGGAAAAGCGGGAAGAAGAAGAACGCAAGGAGAGAAGAAGAACAAAAGAAAGAGAGAAAAAGCUCCGAAGAAAGGAGAGGUUAAAAGGAAAGGAAAGGGAUAAAGAAAAGAAGUGCUCUGAAUCAAAUGAUUCUCUUGAAGUCUCAAAGGAUGAAACAUCAGCAAGUGUUGACGAGGAUCCUGAUAAUGCUGUCAGCAAUAGGGAUACGGUUAGUGAAACUGGUGACAUUUCUAUAUCCAGGCCUGGAUUUCCUAAUAUUCAAGAACAAUUCUCAAAUGGUUAUGCCACUUCCGCAAUGCAAGACGGCUCCUGUGGUAGUCCUGAUGGAGAGGUCACUAUUGUGAAAGAUGGGAUGGGCUCUUUUAUGAUUGAACAAUCAAAAUUUUCUCGUCGGAGAUUGAAAUUUCGGAAAGAAGUUCCACUAGAUCCCUCUGUGAAGUGGUGUGAUGGACGCCGACUUGCAAAUGUUUCAGAAAAUGGGGCUAUGGUUAGCAGAUCUGAGUCAAGACAUUACAGUGAUAAUUUUGAGACUCCUUCAAGGGGUUUAAAUGGGUUGAAUAGGCAGUCAAGGAUAAACGGUCAGAAGCCUAAUGUUCGAAAUUGUGGCCUUAAGUUCAAUGAGAAGUUUCAUUCUCUUAACAACAGGAUGAAUGAUAAAUAUGACUAUCAUUCUUGCAGCUGUCACCAAAACAAUGAAUAUAGGGUGAAGGUUGAACCACAUGUUUCUGCAGCAAGAAUCGCCCGAGAUUGCAAAUCUGUUGGUAAGGCAGAAUCUACGGUGGACAUGUCCAAGCAAUUUUAUCGUGGGAACAAGUAUGGGCAAAUAGAUUACAUGCGUGAAGGUUGUGUAAGACCCAAAAGCAAAAUCAUCACAGCAAACAAUUCUUCUAGCAGAGAUUUGCUUCAUUCUAAGAAAGUUUGGGAGCCUACGGAAUCACACAGAAAGUAUGCUCGUAGCAACUCAGAUUGUGAUGUUACCUUGAAGUCAUCUAAUUUGAAGGCUGAAGAAUUAGAACCUGAUAGAAAUGUUAACUGUAGUGUUGAUAACUGUUCUAGUGAAGUUACAGGAAAUUUUGGUGAAACUGAUCAUGAGGAGAAUCAUACAGGGAAAUCAGGAAACCCUAAUAAAGGUUGCCAGAAUGGACAAAAUGUGGAAGUGAAUCAGGAAACUCCUUAUGAGGAAGUUGGUUCAUGUCUUGCAAAGAACUCUGGCUCAAGUGGGACUUCUGAUCCUAGUAUAUGCAGUGGUUCAAAUUCUGAUAACUGUUCAUCAUGCCUCAGCGAGGGAGAUAGUAAUACAGCCUCUUCGAGCCAUGGAAAUCUGGAAUGCUCAUCCACAUCAGAUUCAGAAGAUACCAGUCAACAAUCAGAAGGAAGAGAAACCUCACUAUGUCAAAAUAGUUUCUCCAAUUCUCAUGAGGUGGGAAUGGAAAGUAUGAGUGGAGGGGGGGAAUUUAGAGGCAGGAAACUGUUUGGCCUUCCACCUGAUGGUCUGAGAAUGAAUGCUUUGGGAAAUCUAUCAACAAAAAUUGUGCAAAGUACUGAUAGUGGAAUACCAACUGUUAAUGUAGGUUCUCAACAUCAAGGCAUCUUUCCACCUAUGCAAAACCAAAAUUUACAAUUUCCUGUCUUUCAAGCUCCUUCACUGAAUUACUACCAUCAAAAUCCAGUUGCUUGGCCAGCUGCUCCGCCUAGUGGAUUAAUGCCCUUUCCCCACACUAACCACUAUCUAUAUGCUGGCCCUCUUAGCUAUGGUUUAAAUGGAAACUCACGUUUAUGCAUGCAGUAUAGUCCUGUUCAGCAAUUGGCAACUCCCAUUUUUAAUCCUGGUCCGGUACCAGUUUAUCAGCCAGUUGGCAAACCAAAUGGCUUGAACUCAGAGGAGCAACUGAAGAUGCGUGCAGUGCAGGAAGCUUUAAAUGACACUAAGGCAGAGAAGGCGGCAUUGGCAGGAUCACAUGCAAUAGAAGUGCUUCCAAAUAGAGAAGGUAGAAAAGUUGAUAAUUCUGCCAAAUUGCAUGUGAAUAACACCAGCUUUUCCUUGUUCCAUUUUGGUGGGCCUGUAGCUCUAUCAACAGGAUGUAAACCAGAUCCUUUGCCUUCAAAAGAUGGAAUUGUUGGAGAUAUUUCUUCGAAAGUUUUAGCAGAUGAAGUUGAAAAUGAUGCUGCUUGCAAUAAGAAAGAGGCUACUGUGGAAGAAUACAAUUUAUUUGCGGCAAGCAAUGGCAUAAGAUUUUCGAUCUUCUAAUAUAUUAAUGAGAAGGCGUGUGGUGGCUGUUUGCUGAGUGCAGUCCUUAUCUUAUUUGCUAUUGGAAGUUUGAGUACUUGGAAGCCAGUACACAAUAAUCUUCCUCUGAGAAAGUGCAAUUUUAGCUAUUAGUUUCUUCGGUUGAUUGAUAACAAAUUUGUCCCUUAUCUUUUUUUUUUUUUUUUUUUUUUUUUUUUUUAAUAUUCAAUGUAGAGAGAGAGAGAGAGAGAGGGAGAAAGGUUGGAAGAGUGGUAUAAUGCUUGAGUUUUCUGUACGAGGUCAGCUUUUUUUUUUCCCCCCUUUUUUAAAUUUCUUUUUAUUAAUGGAGCAUUUGUUGGUAUAAGUUUUUUUUUCUCUUC